AUGCCAAGAAUUAGAGAUCCUCUUGUUGGGGGUGUAAUUGGGGAGUUAUUGGAUCCCUUCACCAAAUCUAUCUAUGUUCGUGUCACUUACAAUAACAAAAAGGUUAACAAUGGAUAUGACUUAAAACCCUCUCUUGUUGUCGACCAACCUAGGGUUGAUAUUGGCGGAAAUGAUUUAAGGACCUUUUAUACUUUGGUUAUGGUGGAUCCUGAUUCACCUAGCCGAAGUGAUCCAAACCUGAGAGAAUACUUGCGCUAG